GAGAAUCAUUCUUAGUGUACAAAUAUCGGCUUUAAAAUGCAGAAAUGCAACACAAAUUGCGUAGAGAAACCGUUAUCAAAAGGCUUUGAAAAACUUGGACGUAUCGUCGGCAAAUAUCCGUGGGUGUUCUUUGUUUUACCCAUGAUAAUAUCAGCGGGUUUCGGUGUAGGGUUUUAUUUUCUAAACGACAGAGAGGCAAACGACAUCGAAGAGCAAUUCACUCCAAAAAAUGGUCCAGCUAAGGCAGAAAGAGCAUUUAUCAAAGAGUAUUUUCCGCAAAGCGAGCAGUUUUCUAGUUUGAGGGUUUACACAGAAGGAACAUUUGCUUCACUAAUCGCUGUACACCAAAUAAACAUUCUCAACUUAGAUUCUUUCGAAGAAUUAGUAAAGUUAGACCAUAAAGUAAAAUAGAUCAGAGUAAAUGACAGUAAGCUGACAUUUUCAGACUUGUGUGCCAAGGAAAGCGGAGAAUGCGUGAUAAACCCGAUUCUGGAUUUAAUGAACGCCUCUAUUAAUGAUAACACAUUGAUAGAUUUCCCCUGGCACGGCAGAUAAUUCAUAGGGACAGCAAUUGGCGGCGUGAGUACAUACUCGAACAAUACCAUUCAGUCUGCGCAGGCAAUACGAAUGUUCUAUUAUUUGAAGGAAGACCAGAAAAAUGAAACAGACCUUUGGUUGAAGAAGUUCAUUCAGACUUUGUCAGAAGAUGCAAAUCUCAACAUGAUCUCUGUUUCCUAUUUCACUUCAAUAUCACGAGCAGAGGAAUUUGAAACAAAUCCACAGACAGUGAUACCAUUGUUCUCCGUUACUUACUUUCUGGCUAUUACCUUCUCCAUAGUUUCGUGUAUGAGGCUGGACUGUGUGAGGAAUAAGGUCUGGGUGGCUGCCACCUUCGGGGUGCUGUCGGCAGGCAUGGUGGUGCUCACCAGUUUUGGACUGCUGCUGUUCUGUGGGAUGCCAUCCGUGAUGACGAAGGUGGCGUCUUCUCCCUUUCUCAUUCUUGGUAUUGGUGUGGAUGACAUGUUCAUCAUGAUUUCAUGCUGGCAGAAAACAAAAGUCAAAGCUAAGGUGGAAGAUCGCAUGGCUGACACAUACAGUACAAGGAGGCUGCUGUUUCCAUCAUCCAUCACCACUCUGACUGAUGCCUUGGCCUUUUACAUCGGCCUCCUGACUCCUUUUUGCUCUGUGCAGUCCUUCUGCAUGUACACCGGCACAGCCAUCCUCUUCUGCUACACCUACAACGUCACAUUCUUCGGUGCUUUUCUGGCCCUGAAUGGACGACGAGAGGGAAGCAGGAAGGUUGAAACUCCAAAUUCAGACAACAAGGGCAAUGCCUGCUCAGUUGGAGGAGCUUAUGAUCCUGAGACAGGUGCAGAGAUGCCCAUUAAUAUCCUCUUUAGAAAGUACUAUGGUCCAUUUCUGACAAAGCCUUGGACUAAAGUGUUUGUUAUUUUGAUCUACUUGGGAUAUUUGGCCGGUAGCAUAUAUGGUUGUUUUCAAAUGCAGGAGGGAAUUGAUCUAAAAAAUUUAGCACCUGAUGAUUCAUAUAUUGCUAGCUACUAUGAUAAUGAAGACAGAUAUUUUUCAGAGUAUGGCCCUUUUGUCAUGUUAGUUAUUAAAGAUGAAAACUUUCAGUAUUGGGAGGAAAGUGCUCAAGCAAACCUCAACACAUGCCUAAAUGAAUUUGAAUCAUCCAAUAUGGUUGCCACAAACAUUACUAUAUCUUGGCUUGGAUCCUAUAUUAGUUAUGGAAAUGGUUUGGGAUUAAAUCUUACAGAUGAAAAGGGUUUUAUGGAAAAUUUACCUCUAUUUCUUCUACUGUCAGGUUUGACACAGGAUGUUAAUAUUUCCAAUGGCAAAAUACUGGCUUCCCGAAUAUUCAUCCCCACUGUAAACAUCAUCACUGCAAUUGAUGAAAAGAACAUGUUGAACUUUUUUAGGGAAACAGCUUCCACUUGUGGGCAAAACAUGGAUCUGAUGGUCUACCAUCCUGCCUUUAUUUUCUAUGAAUAUGCAGUCAUUGUUAGCAAUACCAUCCAAAAUAUUGUAGUUGCUACUGUGGUCAUGCUUGUAAUUUCUCUUCUGUUGAUUCCACAUCCUCUCUGUUCUCUGUGGGUGACCUUUGCCAUUGCCUCUGUAAUAGCAGGUGUAGCCGGUUUCAUGGCUUUGUGGGACGUUAAUCUGGACUCCAUCUCCAUGAUCAACCUGGUAAUCUGCAUCGGCUUUUCUGUUGACUUUUCUGCGCACAUUUCUUAUGCUUUUGUCUCAAGUGAAAAGAGAACAGCCAAUGAACAAGCUAUUGAUGCCAUAUACAAACUUGGGUAUCCAAUUAUACAAGGAGCUGUCUCUACUCUUGUUGGUGUUGUGGCCCUCUCAGCAGCAAAGAGCUACAUUUUCAGGACCUUUUUCAAGAUUAUGUUUCUGGUCAUCUCAUUUGGUGCACUCCACGGCAUCAUGUUCAUCCCCAUAUUCCUGACAUUGUUUGGGUGCUGUAGUGAUUCAAGCAGCGUGCAAGAUGAAAAGAACCAAACUGAAAGUGGACAAAAUUGUAGCAGUAAGAUGCAAAUGUCUGGGAAAAGCCAACAAAGCCAUCCAAACUGUUCAACAGGUUCUGACUGUUCAUAAAAUUGUGGGGAAGUAUCAAGAAACUAAAGCACAAAUAUUGCAAUGUAUUACAGUGCUGUCAACUUAU